ACCACUUGUUCGUCGUUUAUCGUGCGACAUUAACCAAUGAACCUCUGCCUGUAGUGCAUACACCUUACAAUACAACAAGAUGGCAACUGAUGGCCACAUCCGAUCCAACGCCGGGGAAGAUCGAAGCUUGCCAUUUACAAUCGGCAGCCCCAAACCACGGCACUGGUCACGAAGGACGGCAUUCUCCUGUUUCUCUCCAGCAUAUCGGUGGCGGAUGCUGCCGGGUAUCCUGGUUCUGCUGCUGCUCGUCCUCUUCUUCUAUCCGACACAUCCACCACGACUCGCUCCGCUGCCAGGGGAAUGGAUCGACCCGAUUUCACCGAUCGCUCGACUACGAAAUGGAGGACCGGGAAGGCGAGGCGAUGGACAAGUGUGCGGAGUGCGCGCGAGGAUGGCCGUAGAAGGUGGAGGGUGGACGAUGAGCCGGAUAAGAGAAAUGGUCGCCGAAACAGAGGGAUUCUUCGUCCGGGACUGGAGUUUACAUCUGGGCUGGAAUAAUAUGAGAUAUAUCAUCGAAUCAGGCAUCAACCAGGCGUACGUGUUGAACCGUACGCUUGUCCUCCCUUCCUACGUAUAUGCGCGCCAUUGCGAGUUAGCUGCAGAAGUGUGUGGUUCAUAUGGGGGAGUUCUGAAUCGCACAGCAUUCGGCGCUCACCUCCCGAUCAGCGUGAUCGAAUUAUAUCGCAUGCCUCUAGGUGCAAUGCUCGACCUGGACAUCAUACGAGCACAUAGGAAUGUUGUCCUAAUGUCUGAAUAUCUAGACCUGCAAGACCUUCCUCAUUCACUCGAACCCAUCACUGGCCGUUUUUCCUCGGACCUCGUGCCUCAAGGUGCCACAGUCCAGACCAUCGACCCCUGGCACUAUGAUGGCGAUCUAGUACGGGUAGACCGGCUGCCACCGCCGUAUACCGAAAACCGCAAGUGGGAGUACAGCGCCGAAGUUGCGGAGCAGCUAGAAGUGCACACGCACAAUGGCAUGUUCAUGCAGUGGGAGAACGGCUGGAGGGUCGUUAGUGAAGGCAAAGGACCGGGAUUCUCCGAACAAGAUGCAGAACAGGUCCUCGCGGUCUAUGGAUAUUCCGUCAUCCACUCGUACACUGGACGACGGGUUGAGCAUCUAAAAUUUGUCGGAUUUCCCGUUAAGUUUAUCUGUGUACGAGACCGCAUGCGGGGGUGGUACGACGAUCAUGGAUCCUCGCCCGCUACUGUCUUCUGGCUGCAGGGAGAGGUGCACGUGGAGCGACGCCCGGGAGAUAUGUGGUUUUCUACCCCUGCGGCCAGGGAUGAGUACACUGAACUUGUCCUCUAUACUAUGCAUCGACCAGCCAAUAUCUUGAAGGUAGCAAGCCGGGUAGAUAUGCGCAUCCGACAGCUCGUCGGAGGCAAGAUGUGGAUGGCAGUCCACAUGCGACGUGGUGAUUUCACCCAGGUGGACUGGGUGCGCGUGGGAUCCAUCCAGGAGCACUGGGGUCGAGUGAAUGAACGCCUUAAGCAGGGACGAGCGCUCCUCCGGGAACUGCGUCACAAGCCUAAGGAGACGUAUGACGUACCAGCCGUGCAACCGUAUUCUGGGUGGAAGGGUGCUUAUCCACCCGCUGAUGAUGAUCCGUUCUUCCUUGCCACGGAUGAGCGAGACCCAGAGUAUCUGGCCUUUCUGCGCAACCAUAGCGCCAUCUUGAUUAAUGAUCUCCUAACAUCGGAGGAUCGGCAAGAGCUGGGCUGGCCGAUCAUGAUGACAGACUUUCUUGGACUAUUGGAGCAAGCGAUCCUUGCUCGCAGUGCGUACUUUAUCGGGAGAAUGGAGAGCAGCGUGAGCGGCGGCGCGCUGAACAUGCGCGCGGCUUGGGGCAUGGAUCCCCGGACGAUGAGUUUCGAGUGACGGAAGGGACACUAUGACACGGAUAUUCGGGGAUUUUCGCUUUCUUCAUCUUCUUGAACUAUUUUUCGGGAC